AUGAGUUAUCACAACGGAAUGAAGUUCUCCACCAAAGGCAAAGACAAAGAUCAAUCAAACUGUGCUGCGUCGUAUAAAGGUGCUUGGUGGUAUAAUACCUGUCACCACUCCAACCUCAACGGUCAGUACCUCAAGGCAGGUCAGAGAUCAUCCUCGGGGAUUAAUUGGUACUGUUGGAAAAGCGACUGGAGAUCUAUGAAAAAAACAGAGAUGAAAACACGACCUGCGCAAUUUUAGAGAAGUCUCAUACAUUAGCUUCUUAAUCUUCAAACAAUUGUUUAUAGUUAUUAGACAAAAAGAACUAAGUUGAUGAGUCUGGGACUGCGCAUAAUUAGUAUUAUAAAAAUUUGUAUCUAUCAAUGUACUAAAAUAAAUCUACAAUCCUGGACAAAACCAUCUGCGACACGCUAUUAAUUAAAACAUUCCUUUGUGGCUUUUGUUUUACCAGUUAGACCGGUGUCCCAGGAUUUUCGCCCCCCCCUUACAAUUUCGCCCCCCGGGGGGCGAAAUUUCUGGGAAUAUCCUAGGAAAAUUCGCCCCCUUUAGGAAAUUUGCCCCCCUUUAGGAAAUUCGCCCCCCCCCCCCUUUAGAAACUUCACCUUUUCUUUAGGAUUUUUGUCCUCCUUUCAAAAUUUCGCCCUUUCCUAACAGUUGCAUGGGAUAAUUAUUACAUGGCUUUAGUCAUUUGAAAUCAGUAUCAAUUCAAAAUUGUUAAGACAGAGCUUGAAAUAACAAUGGAAUUGCUUAUGAUCGGCGGAAAAGCAGGGUUUCGGUUUCCAACCUGAAACAAUCAGGGAAAGUCAUGAUCGAGAACUUUGGGAACGUUAUUUCAAGCCCUGUAAGAAUACAAAUUUACAAUUACAUGUAUCGAAAGGGCUUACACAGUUCACAGUUAAUAGACUUAUGACGCUUCACAGCACACCAUGCAUAUUUUGCAUUUUCAGUGUUCAUCCUUAAACUCAUUGUUAAAAAGUAAUCACCGUGGUGGUUGUUGUAAUUAUUGGUAUUGUUUUGCAUCCAAUUUUGUCGUUAUCGGAAAAUGUAUGGCUUACAAGUUGUCACUAUUUUUUACUUGCAUUAUUUCAAUAUAGUUUGUAAAUUUCAGAAGCGAAGGGUAGAACUUGCCAAUAGACAAUAUACUCCAAUAAUAUACGUUUCAAAAAAGACAAAAAAGCUUUUAGUUUUGCAGAGUUACAUUCUCAAAUGUUUAAGCCACUAAUAAAAUCAAAGUAUCAUGAAAUUGUUUGAAUAAACCACACCACAUAUAUAUAAUGCAAUUUUCUUUGCGGAAGUUAAAAAUCAAGAUUACAUCACUGACACUGACACGGAAAGUUGACGAUUCAAUGGACAAUAGUCAAUACGCUUCCCAAAAAAUUCCAUAGAUUUUUGUGGCUAGCCCGUUUGCGGGCUAGCCAUUAUCACAUAGUAUACAAACGCGAUGAGCGAUGAUGAUCAUGGUAUCCAGUCCGGAUUUUCGUAAAGUAUCGGGAGCAAUCGGAAGCGCCCGUAUUUUUCUGCCGACAAUUCACACUUGCAAGGCAUUUGAUGAUUUUUAUCCAGCUUGAAGACUUCUACUUCUACACUAGCAUGAGCAGCACAUCGCGUUAUUCCUUGUGUUCCUUUGAGCAGCAUAUCGCGUUAUUCCUUGUGUUCCUUUGAGUAAAAGGUAUAUUUGCUCAUUUCUAUUUUUGUAUAAGUUUGCUUUUAUUGUUACAACGCCAUUUUGGCUUGCUCUGGUCAAAGAUAUAUUUUUGGUCCGAAUAUAGAUAUGGCAUUCUUAUACGCAAAGUUGACGUAUCAAAUCAGAAAUACAGUAUACAAAGGAGCCAAAUCAAAAAUUGAAAAAUACAAUAUUACACAUGAAAGGGCCCAUUGUGCUCGUACUGAUCAUACAGGGCUAUUUACAGUACAUGAAAAGCCACGUACCAAACAAAAACAAUACAAGAAGGCCGGGAGUAUUGUAGGUAUAUUGCAAACCAAUUGCCAUUUGUGCUGGGAUUACUACCUUGACUAUUGCUAUAUUAGUAAAAAAAAACUACCUUGACUUUUGCUAAUGUAGUCACAAGAACAACCUUGACUAUUGCUAUAGUACAGUAGUCCAUGUAUAUGAAAUUAUUUUAGUAAUUUUGUUAGUAUUUGCAUUUUUUAUUAUGUAUCUCCUUGGAUGUAUAAAAAUUGUUGUGUUCAUCAUCUAAUGUGUUUUCACAUUCCUUUUGAAACUAUUUGCUAAAACACCCUCUGGGUAUAAUAAGCAUCCAGCAAGUAUACACGUAUUCUUGGGUUUCAUAUGACAUCACAAAAGUGACGGGCGGUCAACUCUAAAACAAAACACAGUUAUCAGAGUGAGUCGAUUGUUCGUUUUAUGUAUUAGCCUUGUGUUCAGUGGCAAAUACAUGGAAUUUCGCAUCAUUUUCUCACUCCACUACAGCAUAAGCAUCGAAUACAUUUGAGGUUGACCCCCCGUCAGAUUCACUGCAUAAUGCUGUAGUGAAACCCAAGAAUAGGCAACCCCUGCCAUUAAGCACCCUCUGGGUAUAAGCACCAUCUGGGUAUAAGCAUCCCCUGGGUAUAAACAUCCCCUGGGCAUAAGCAUCCACUAAGUAUAAUUACAGAAUUUGCUAAAAUUAAGACAAAUGCCAAACUCAGAAAUGUGUGAAAUGACUUUACUUUCUCUUUAUACUUUCCAUACUAAUUUUGCAGUCAAUAAUGCUUCAUUUGACCUGUAACAUGAACAGCCCCUACAAUAUUGGUUAACUCAUUGAGCCGCAAUGUGCCCCAGUGUGCCCUACUUUUUUUACCUGUCCAACGACAGACGAUUUUAUUCGUCAAUGGGGAAGCUUUGCAACUUAAUGGGUUAGAAAAAGUAAUCUUUCAAAAAUGUGUUCAAAUAAUUCGGGCAAUGUCAUUUCAGAAACCCAAAUUUUAAGACAUUGUGGGAAGGGUGUAUGAUACUGGAACACCUAGCUCCCCCUUCCUAGGACUGCCAAGUCUCAUGCACGAUAUGCAGUCAACCUCGACAGCUAUGACAAUGUUAUCUGCUGAAGCUGAGGGCUGGAUACAGUAAUUGAUAUAUUAUACAAUUGCAAAAGCACAUGCAGUUGUAGAGAGUUUUGUACGUCAGCCAUGCAUACUAGAAGUUAUGUCACCUACAGACAAUUUUUCAAUGUUGGAGGCAGCAAGACAUUGAGAAUUGUUUGUAGAUUCUUAGCCAAUCACCACGGAGAUUGCAUAUGCAUUGUACAAUAAUAUCUCCUCUUAUUACUAUUAAAGUUAGCCUGGGUAUCUUCUUAUUACUAUUAAAGUUAGCCUGUGUGUCUUUUUAUUACUAUUAAAGUUAACCAGCAUGGCAGGCUCUCUGGGUUUGGAGGAGGGUUUGAGGAGUUAAAGUUUACCAGGUUAGCCACAUGUACGCAUUGCGUACCUAUUUUUUAUUAAUCCUAUAGUUUAUUGUUAGCAAGUGAUUAAUGUGACGGCUAUUGUUAACACUGGUAUUGAUAAAAUUUGCAAGCGAUUGCUUUUAUAAUAUGUUAUGUGAAUGUAACUGCCAGAAGAAUACGAGAACAUGAUUUUAUGCGAUCUCUGUGGGCAAUGGUUCCACUUUAGAUGUAUAGAAUAUGACACUAGUCUAAGUAUCUCAAAUGAGUGGUUAUGCAGACUGUGCACACCACCAGCUGCUAAGAAGCUUAAAAUGUGUAUGUGAUUUUGUCUCCUUGUAAUAAAUAAAUAAAUCACACAAUAAAUCUUUUCAACUUGCAAUCAUUUUGUUUUUAGAUCAAAAAUUCAAAAUUUAUAUGGGGGGGUGCGAAAUUCCUAAAGGGGGGCGAUAUUCCUAGGAGAUUCGCCCCCCUGGGGGGGCGAAUCUCCUGGGGGGGGGCGAAUCUCCUGUGACACCGGAAUAAUUUACUCGUUUGCUCCCCUCCACCCCCCAAAACAAUGUUGGACGUUUUAUCCGUAUUCUACGAAUGCAAUAAACAUUGAAUGGUGGAGGAAAGGGGGAGGUUUUCUAAAUUUACGAUAAUAUUACGACAUUUUGACAAGUAAUUGGAAGUAUCUCAGAUGCUUUGUCCAGGAUUGUAGCUUUAAUUGAAAAGAAUUUAAAAGAAAAUUUUUAGACUACUUUACCAUACUACUUUAUUCAAAAAAUUUUAAAUCUCUGUUGAAAAUACUCGAAGAUAUGUACACUUAAAACCAUGACCAGCCGACAAUUUAAAAAAAUAAAGUAAAAAGCAAAUUCCGAAAAUACAGGACAUCUUGAGAAUUCAAUAUAUAAUUCAAAACAAGACGCAGUUCGAGACUCGGUAAAUUUUCGACUUUAUUUCAAAGUCAUCUUCAGACAGAAUGAAAUACAAUACUUUACAACACAUAUAUAUACAACGCAGAGAGAGAGCAUCUGUCAUGUGGGCGGAAAGAAGGAUUAUCCAAGCGAAGUGAAACAUGAUAGAGAAAAUAGUGCAUAAUAUAAAUUAGUACAUAAAGUACAUAAAGUAUUUCUUUAGUACAAGUAAUAGUACGUAAAGCAUUUUUUUAGCUAAAAUAAAAUAAUCAAAAAGUAAACUAAAUUGGAAUUUGAUGAUGGUUUAUGCUAAUUUUGUGACCUUUUCAGAAAUGCUAGUUCAACUUUGAAACGUCAAUAGCUCUGUCAAUAUUGAGCGGAAAAUUAAAUGUUAUAUAUCAAAAUCUAAGUUCUUCAAAUUCUAAAUCUAAAUCCUUUGUGUAUACAAUGCUUUUCAUUUUAGUAAAAUAGCUUUCAUAUGUUUUACAUUACAUGAAAUCAAGUAUUUUUUUGGGACACUCGGUAGACUGCUUAAAGUUUCCUGAAGAAGCUGCGUUAAUUAGAAAAAACUUACAACGCGAAUUUUUAAAUAAUAUGUAGUUAUAGGUAUUGUUGAUUUCAUAAGUAUAUUUAUUAAUUGUUUAAUUUAAAUUGUAUAUUGAUUCUGAAAAGCCCCUUUUGGGGAUGAUCAAUUAUAUUAUCAAUCAAUGAAUCAAUCAAUAUGUGUACGUUUAAAAAUUUUUAAAGGAAAACAAGGACUCAAAUUUUCAAGGAGUCAUAUUGACUACAAAAGUGAAGUAAAUAUAAAAGGUACAGAACGACUUCUUUUUUGGAGUAAAUUUUACUCAUUUUUUACUCCAUUUUUUGGAGUAAUUUUUACUCCUUACGUGGAGUUGGCUUUUAAAGAGUAAAAACAGCUCUACUUAAGGAGUAUAAAUUACCUCAAAAAUGGAGUCGUUCUGCAUCUUUUUUAUUUACUCCACUUUUGGAGUCAAUUCGACUCCUUUGGAGACAAAAUAUAUGACUCCUAUAUAUUGGAGAUAUAUAUAGAUGUCAUAGAUAUAGAUAGAUUUAUUUAAAUUGGCUCGCGUUUACGUCAGUGUUGCCAUGGCAACAGGAUAAUUUUAAUUUAUUAUUACAUUUUUUUAAUUUUUUUGUACAACACGCCAAAAAUAGUUGAAAUAUCAUUGCUUUUAACUAUAUAACAAUGAAUUUCCAAAAUAUGUACUGUGUAGGACUGGUAUGCUAUUUAGCAUUUUGUGAGCUUUGAUUUAUUGUAAAACUUACUCUGAAUCGCUUCAGAGGCGCAGGAGAAUCGAUAAUAGCGGGGGCAGAUAUUUAUAUAUUCGUGUUCACAGACUGUAAAAACAAUCGAUUUCAAAAGAAAUUAAUUGGGCAGAACACGAAUAUAUGAAUAUCUGCCCCCGCUGUUAUCGAUUCUCCGGCGCCUCUGAAUCGCUUUGUAAAAUGUUUUGAAAUGUUCAGUGAUAACUAAACAGCUUUCGCCGAGAAACUAUUUUUACUUAAUAAACCAAAAUAAGUCAAAUUGUUGAGUAAUUUCAGUUAGUUCUUCAAAUUAAUUUGCUCUCCUUUAAAAAAAAUUAUUUCCUUUUUUUCUUAAAUUAUACAGGGUAAUUUAGGAAACUUACAACUUCAUUGAAAAGGAAAGCAGUGCAUGAUUUCAUUUUUAUUGAUUUUUUAUUAUUAUUAUAAAGUACACAUUAAGUAGCUUAAAUAGCUAAAUUGCAAUGUGAUUCAUAAGCUAUAAAUAUAUCUAUAAGAUAAAAAAAUAUGAGUUACGUUACAAAAUUACAAUUUUUCUUAUACUCGCUCCUUAAAGUCAAGAGAUACAGUAAGGUACAAUUAAUUAUUAAAUUAUCUACAAUAUAAUACUUUAAAAUGUUUAAGAUUGAAUUACUUAAAGAAUGUGUGUCAACCGGCAUGCACUGCGCGCUUUUUGUUUAUAUUAUUGUUCACGCUUGUUACUUCAUUUUAUAUUCGCGCAUUGAUACUUGACCGUCGCCACACGCAACAAGCUUUAAAAUCGUGAUAAAUUGUCCGAUUCAGACUCUGAUUAUGCUGUGUCUGUUUACGAUCCUGAAGACAAUUUAAAUUGUUAUGGUUCUCCGAUUGAAAGCCACGAUCAAUUUCAGUUAGGAGAGGUUGCAUCAACUGCCAAUGCCUUCAAUGCAUCAACUGCCAGUGCUUCAACAAUUGUUGAAAACAUUCAACCUCAACGAACCCAGGUAUGUUUGUGAUUUCAUGUUUUGUUUAUUCCUUUAUUAAUUGGUAUGUAUAUUUCUAUUUAUUCAUUGUAUUUAUUUGAUAGUUUUGCAGCUGCAAGAAUACAUGUAGCAGACGUAGUGGACGAAAAAAGCGCGGUUGUCCGUGUCGCGAUGAAAAUUUGCAUUGCACUGACAAGUGUUCCUGUGGGUCAAAAAAGUCUUCUUGUAAAAACCAGGAACAAAGUACGGCGACUGCGACGAAUGCAAAUGCUGGGAAAAAUGCAUUUGACCGCCAUCAAGCGGCCAUCGAGGUUUCUAACCGCGAGAUUACGGUAAGCAAAGCAAGUGUUCAUACAGAAUUUUGAUCGUUUUAAUUUCCCAUAUAUCUUUUGCACACCAGGUCUUUUAUAUUAAUCCAAAUAAUUAUGAGUAUUACACUAUAAACAACGCAAAUAUAAAAGUUAAAUGAUGCACAUACGACGCAUAUUCAAUGAAAAUUUCCACAUAUGCGCCCUAAUGAAUAAUUCAUUGUUCUUCCUGUUAGUCAAGCAAACAUGGCUGCCAAGCGCAAAUCACUGUAUUAUAUGUAUCUGGCUAUGACAUCAAGACUCUAGGCACAGUUAUAUUUAGUUUUACUGGUUUAUGUCUUCAUAAAUGGCUUUAUAUAUAAUUUUAGGGCUUUAUCGGGGAAUUAAGCGACGCUCAAAAAGACAAUAUUCUUUUAAAUUUGUUGUUAAAUGGAAAAGGGAGUCUGGAUUAUGCCAAGAAUUUGGUAAAAUGUGGCACAGGUGAUGCUGUCCCACAUGUCCCAGAUGGAAAACCUACCUGGUGUGUAUGUGGUGUCUGUCGUGUCAUGCCGACUGAGGAAGAAAACAAAUGUUGUGGCAAGAUUCGUUGUGUUACAUCAUUUGUCACAUUCCAGAACACAUGUACUGACAGGGAUGUUUUGUUGAUUGCAAUUAGAGCAAGAUGUGACAUAAGAGUAGAGGACCCUGACUAUUCAACAAAUAGUUACCGCAAGGCUGCAUACCGUCAGUAUAUCCUUUGGAG